CCUAGAGUAGCAUAUUACGGGCUCUGCCGUCACACAAUUACACGUGACCGAAUUCAGGAAAUUGGCAGAAUUAGAAACUGUUGUGGUCGGUUUAUGAAACCCAUGAGCAACGUAUCGGUGGGCGUGGUUAGUGUCACAUUACCAGGUAGGCGUAGUAUUUGUCAACAAACCAAAACUGGAGGACGUUUACACUCACGCGGUUUUGUGUAGGCAUUUGACUGAAGGUUUCAUUUGGUCUCACAGUUCAUUUUUCAUCAUUCCAAGAUGAGAGGACGUUCGAAAAGACUGGAGGAGAAAGAGCGAGUGCACGGAAGAGCCAACAGCGGCGCGCAUCCACUUUCUGAGUCCUGCAAAGCUGAAGCACACGCAGCAACCUCGGAUGCAGCUGCCUCCGGCGUGUGCGCCCAGGAGGCUGCCGACUGGAAAACAGCUCCAAAGCACUGCAGUCAAGAUACCAAGAAGGUCUACCUUGGAGUACGUGUUAAGAUGCCUGUCAAAGAUCUGCUUCGUAACAUCCGUAUAGCCCAGGGCAGGGACCCCCAAGAUCCUCAGCAGAGCCUGCACAGCAAACGAGUACAAGGGGACAAGAAGCGAUUUAAAACUCGCACAAGAAAUCGAACAAGCAAGAGAAAACGCCCCACCAGUAGCCUGGAGGAGCUAGCAAUCAUCGUUGAGGUGCUAGAGGAGGAUCUGAGGACAGGCACCACAAACAGUCCCACAAUCCAAAUGUCCUCUCUGAGCUCACCGGUAUCUCCUGAGUUCACUUUGGAGUCAAAUGGUACAGGUUACAUGAGUGAUGAGUCUGAUGAAAUCAUCCCCAGCCCCCCUUCCCAUACAGUCUACUCACCCGGGAUCGUAGAGUACCACCAAAGCCCACGCACUCCUGGCUUCGUGACCACAAGUUUUCAGCCCAUGUGGACAGGAGACAGUUGGUACGCUAACUGCGCAAUGAGAGGCUCUGAGUUCUUUUGGGCACAGUUGCAGAAGGAGGAGAUCCAGCUGAGGGACAUCUCUGAUGUAGCACUGUUGGCCACUGACCAACACGGCCAAACGGCUCUCCAUAGUGUGGCGAGUGAUGGCAAGAGGGCGCUGGCCUACGCGAUUGCGAAAAGGAUGGCUGCACUCAACAGCUUGGACUUAAAAGACUCUGAUGGAAUGACCGCCCUCCUCCUUGCAGCCAAACACAACCAUCACCUGAUAGUCGAAGAUCUGAUCAAUUUAGGUGCGCGUGUCAGUGAAAGGAACAACUCAGGAAAAUCCUGCCUUCACCUCAGUGCUGAGAAAGGCUUCAUCCGAGUGCUUGAGGUUUUGAAACGCGCUAUGCUGGAGGGUGUGUACAUUGAUGUUGAAGCAACAGAUAAGUAUGGAAUGAGUGUUCUUCAGUGUGCUUCAGUGGCCCUCAAGGCGACGUUGCAGCAAUUGGAAUUGAGCAAGAACCUCAGUCAAACUGGACUCCACAUGCUCCGCAAAGAACAGCUUCUAGAGACCCUGGAGUGUUUACUGAAAAUGGCCAGUUACUCUCAUGUCAUGAGGACCUGGGGUAUGAAUGCCUAAGCUGCAGCAUGUCAGCGCAGUAAAAGACCCAACAGUAAUGUUCUGAGUAUGAACAGGCUUGGCUUGUGGGAGACCAUCAAGUGUCUUCUCUCACGAAUCCAGUUCUGUUACGUAAAGCAUCUAAGGUUGUGGAAAUUACUUCACAAAGUUUAGGUGCCCAUUAGAUGGUUUCUGUGAAACUUCACUGUUUGUUACGUUUGAGUAACAACUUGUCUUCAGUGUGUGGUCCACUUUUAUUAUCCUAUGGAAAGUUGCUUGUAUUAUGCUGUCUAGCUUGAUGGGAUAUGUUGGUGUACUAUGUGCUGAAUACGGCUCAGGUUACAAAUCCAUGACCAAGUUCAACUAAAGGGUAGGUUUAUUUGUAUAAACACCAAUGCUAUACUCCAUGCACGCACUAAACAAACAAACUCCUACAAAGAAUGGAUGAGCUUCAUCACAGACAACAAUUUGUUUUUCAUCAGCAGACAAUUAACCUACCUACCUAAAUACACAUAAUUGAACUUGUGUUACCAGCUAGGACAGUCGUGGACAUUUUGCAAUGGUAUUAAAUUGCUGUUAGCUGACUUGACGGUAAUGUGAUUGUGCUACUGUAAACGCAACCCAAUCCAAUGUCAUUGUCUGUUUGUGUCAGUUUCCAGCAUUUCCAUCUUGAUAUACAGUAGUGAUAAUCAUUUUCUAACCAUGAUAAGUGGAUCGAGAUCAUACUUAAAUAUGAAAGGGCGUUAUAUUGUGUGUUGAAAAUUUGUGUUGGGGAACUCUGUUACUUUAUAUCCUCCUGACAACCAGUAGUUCAAAUUUGUCCUCUGUAGAGGACAUUUGUGAACCUAAAUAUCUCCCACCCAGUGCCUUCAAUCGCAUUAACUCAUUUUCUUAGUCGAAAGAGGACAUUCAGUGCUUUCCAAUGAUACCAAAUUUGUAGGGGUUAGAAAAAGUAAGAAAAUGGCUUCCCUCAGUGCAAGCACUUUUUACGGGAAGAGGAAAUGUAAUACUUUUUAUCAAACACAUUUUGUCUUGAAAUGCUGUUGGCAUUUUAAUUGUAAGACUCUUAUGAACACGUUAAAGUGUUGUUUGAUUUGUUUUAAGUGUAUUUGAGCCUGUUUAAAAAAUGUAGUGGGAUUUCAAACAUUUCUUUUGGAGUACCGGUAGUUCAAUUACUUCACAUAAAUUGGGGAAUGUCAAAAUAAAUGUGAUUGGACAACAUUUUUUUCCCUGGUAGUCAGGAGGAUAUUUGUUUUGAGAUGGCGUGUUUCAUGCAGGCCAAAUUCUCUUGUGUGCACGAGUUUGAAAAGUGCACAGCUUGCACGCUUUUCUGGCUGCGUGCAUUCUCCCAUGGACUUAAGCACUUAUCUUCUUCCUCACUCCAGAGGCUGUAGUAAGUCUAGCGCCUCGUGAAGGUGAAACAUCGUGUUGCAUGUUUUGAUGGUGUUAACGACCUGGCAACUGCUUCCUCAUGCCGACAGUGUGGUACACAACUGGCCGAAACCACUCAGUGACAUUCACUGACUGCCUAAUGGCCGUAUGUCUGUCCUUACCACAUUACUCUGAUGGCCAAACAUAUUAAUUGAACUCAUUCAAUGCCAGACGUUCUAUAGCCUCCUAUAGCCUCUCACGUGAAAAAAGACAAAAAACGAUGUAGUUGGGAUUUAAAUCUUUCUACCAGAUUUUUUUUUCGGCUUCAAACCUGCAACUGCCAGCUUGGAGUUUCUUUUUUUUUUUUUUUAAUGGAAGAGCGAUUACAACAACUACCAUCAUUGUAAUGGCACAAUGAUGAGUUAGAUAAUGAAUCAUUUUUUGAUUCCCUUAUAUGCUGGUCAUCAUCUUUGUUGAAGUGACAUGGUGCAAGAUCUAUAGAACAGCAGGAACAUCCACUGUCUUACUGCUGGACACCAAACAUGCAUUCAGUCAUUAACACAGUAUCCUAAUUAAAAUACUUGUAUUCAUUUCGCGACCUGUUGGUCGACUGGUUCGCGUGUCGGCCUCAAAGUGCAGGGUGCAGGGUUCGAUUCCGGCUCCGGCCUCCCUGUUGUGGAGUUUGGAUGUUCUCCCCGUGCCCACAUGGGUUUUCUCCGGGUACUCCGGUUUCCUCACACAUUCCCAAAACAUGCGUGGCAGGUGAAUGGAAAACUAAAUUGUCCUUAUGUGUGAGUGUGAGAGCAGAUGGUUGUUUGUCUGUGUGUGCUCUGUGAUUAGCUGGCAACCGGUUCAGGGUGUCCCCUGCCUACUGCCCGAAGACAGCUGGUAUAGACUCUGGCACGCCCCCCGAUCCUAAGCGGAUCAGAAAAUGGAUGGAUGGAUGGAUUUCAUGCUGAAUAGAAACUGCUUUCCCACAAGUAGUGUGUUUGACAAAGCGAUAUGCACCUCCCACUGGCCGCUACGUAAAGUACGGUCUAUUUUUAUCUUUAAAGUGUCCUAAAUUGUUUAAAUGGAUUUGAAUGACAUUCACAUGUCUCAGGAAAACUCCAUGCACUUUGAUUUACAGCAAGCUCAGACUUAAGUGAGUCACGCCUCUUUGAGGUUGCGCACAAUUUCCCAAGGUGUGUCAGAAGUCUGGAUGGAAGAAUGCACAUGCCAGGCACAGGCACGUUUAUUAAAAAAAAAAAAAAAGUAUUGCGUGUAGACGGUAGAAUACAGCCCUUGGUGAAUUGCUUUUCAUUUAUGUCACGCUUUACUAUUUCAUCGGGAAGUGUAUAUUUUUUCCUCAUUUACAAUUGUUAAACAGUUUUUCAAGCCUCGCGUUUAGAUCACGAGCUACACUUUUUACUCUACAACUGUUUUUAUAAUCGCUGUAUCUAGUCAGAUAUAUUCCAUAAGCAUUUCUCCUGUGCUAUUAUUACGGUGUCUGCCUUAAAUACAACGACCUGGUGUUACUUUCUGAUCUUUUGUCAUAGAUUCAAUUGUAUCUGUAUUUGUGCAAAAUGAUUAAUACUAUAACUACAAGUUGCUUUUUGUUGUGAUUUUAUGCCAAAUAUCCACGGACGUUCUUUAAAUACUUCAUCAUUGGCACAAUGCAUAAAGCAUAAAAAAGGGAUUUACAAAUAACUGUUGAUUUUGGGAUUAUUUCAUGGCCGAGCCAAGUUGGCAGGGCUGGUAUUGAGACAUUUAUCGUGGGAGAUGUAACAAUACAGCAUUUUGUGCUCUGCACUAUAAUGUACUUCCAUGUGACAAAGAACUCUCUGUGGCGAAUUUAACUGUGCAUUGCCAUCUUUGAGAACGAAAUAAAGGCAAUCUAUUAUCCAA